UCCACGUGACCCUGACGUAGGACCCGCCCUCGUGACCCGGAUGUAUUUGUCCGCCCAGCUGCUUCGCGGAGGAGGAGAUGCCUCUGCCCGUGCAGGUCUUUAGCUUUCAGAGGGCUGUGGAGCCCAUGCAAGUAGACGCAGACCCACAGGAAGACCAACCGAAUGCACCCGAUAUCAAUUAUGUGGUGGAGAAUCCGACUGUGGAUCUGGAGCAGUAUGCCUCCUGCUACACCGGACUCAUGAGGAUCGAGCGGCUGCAAUUCAUCGCAGACCACUGUCCACAGCUACGCGUGGAGGCACUCAAGAUGGCCCUGUCUUUCAUCCAAAGGACCUUCAACGUCGACAUCUACGAGGAGGUCCACCGCAAGCUCAUGGAAGCCACCAGGGAAAGCCAGGGGGUGCCGGACGCGACACCAGAGGGUGCUGUGGAGCCGCCGGUCCUUGACACAGCGUGGGUGGAGUCCACCAGGAAGAAAGCUAUGUUAAAGCUGGAGAAGCUGGACACAGACCUGAAAAACUACAAGGGGAACUCGAUCAAAGAGAGCAUCAGGAGGGGCCACGAUGACCUGGGUGAUCAUUAUUUAGACUGUGGUGACCUCAGCAACGCCUUGAAGUGCUACUCCCGGGCCAGGGAUUACUGCACCAGUGCCAAGCAUGUCAUCAACAUGUGUCUGAACGUCAUCAAGGUCAGUGUUUACCUCCAGAACUGGUCCCACGUUCUCAGCUACGUCAGCAAGGCGGAGUCCACGCCAGAGAUAGCAGAGCAACGUGGGGAGCGAGACGGCCAGAACCAAGUGGUCCUAACUAAAUUAAAAUGUGCCGCAGGACUGGCGGAGCUGGCGUCCCGAAAGUACAAAGCAGCUGCCAAGUGCUUCCUGCUGGCCUCCUUCGAGCACUGCGACUUCCCCGAGCUUGUGUCACCCAACAACGUGGCGGCGUAUGGCGGGAUGUGCGCACUGGCCACUUUCGACAGACAGGAGCUGCAGCGCAACGUCAUAUCCAGCAGCUCCUUCAAGCUAUUUUUGGAGCUGGAGCCUCAGGUGCGGGACGUAAUCUUCAAGUUUUACGAGUCGAAGUACGCGUGCUGCCUGAAGAUGCUGGAUGCCAUGAAGGAGAACCUUCUCCUUGACGUGUAUCUGGCACCUCACGUACGGACACUGUACACGCAGAUCAGGAACCGAGCUCUCAUACAGUAUUUCAGCCCCUACGUGUCGGCGGACAUGAACAAGAUGGCGCUGGCUUUUAACAGCAGCGUUGGGGCCCUGGAGGACGAGCUGAGCCUGCUGAUCCUGGAGGGCCUUAUCAACGCACGGAUCGACUCCCACAGCAAGAUCCUCUAUGCCAGGGAUGUGGACCAGCGAAGCACGACCUUUGACAGGUCCCUUCAGAUGGGCAAGGACUUCCAGCGCAGAGCCAAGGCCACCAUCCUGCGCGCCGCCGUGUUGCGCAACCAGAUUCACGUCAAGUCCCCGCCCAGAGAGGGAGGCCAAUCGGAGCUCACACCUGCCAACAGCCAAACACAAAUGAGCACCAACAUGUGAGGGACAGGUCCUGCCACCAGGGGGAGCCACCCAUCUCCUCCUCACCACCGCGUCCCCAGCUCUUCAGCAGUGAGGCCCUGGAACAUACCACCACAUCUACUUUCCAUCACCCCCCCCCCCUCACCCCCAGAUAUACAGUCCCUCCAGUUUUAACGAUGCAUCGGGUCAACUUUAGAGACAUUCCAACAUCCACGCGAAACUUCAUCCUCCCUCUCUCGAUGGUCAGGUGCCGCUAUGCCCUGCAAAGCUACCUGUUUAUACAAAACUGUAUUCAAAAGCCUUCCAAAUAAACACCCUGCAGGGAUUUCCCUCUUU